AUGUUUUCUUCAUUAAAAUCUCAUUUCUCUGAUGCUACUUCUAAAUUCAAAGAACACUCCUUGUUCAAAAAAGACACUCUUAAAAAUGAAGAUUCACCGAAAAUGACUGGUAAUAAUAUAUUGCAAUUAAUUGGUAGAUUUCGAGGAGCUGAAAUAGUUCACGAAAAGGUUUCAAUUGCUGAGCAAAGUAAUCAAACAACUAUUAAUAUCGAUGUUGAAGAACUCAAAGAAAUCGGCGAAGAAAUUGAAUUUUUAACUAAAGGGGUAACAGAGCUAGCGAUUGUUCUUGAAGACAUCAAUAAAACAACAAAGGAUGUGAAAUUAUGGGUUCAAAAUAAAACUGAAGAAAUAUCCGAAGAGAAAUUACGUUUUACUGGAGCAGGAAAAGAAAGAAUUGAAGAAUUAUAA